UUAGUCUUUCUCCCACCAUACUCACCGGAUCUCAACCCUAUUGAAGAGAGUUUCAGUGCAUUGAAGGCAUGGCUUCGCAGAAGCUAUCGACAUCUUCUCAACAGCAAUAACCCAAUUUUAGAUAUACACGAAGCAUGUGCUCAUGCUGUCACUGCCGACAAGGCAAUAGGCUGGUUUAGACAUAGUGGUUAC